AUGACGAGACAUUCGUCUGAUUCUGAUGGCUCAUACGGCCAUGGACGUUCGGUGAAAUCCUCUGUGAGUCGUAGCUAUGCCUCCAAUGGUCGUAGCUCAGGAAAAUCUAGGGACCGUGAAAGACGCAGAACGAGCUCAAGCAGUGAUGAGAGCCGUAGUCGAAGCAGAAGUCCCGUUAGAGACAGAAGAAACAAAGAUAGGAGGUGUCGCGUUGGAUCAGCAUCAUCAUCUUCAUCUGCUUCCGGCUCACGUUCUCCUUCACCAAUAAGAGAGAAGCGAAGACGUUCAUCUGAUCAUAGUCGUCAUAGGUCAAGGUCAAGGUCACCCUUUAAGAAGCCAGCCAGACCGAGAGUGUGGUCACCGAAGUCUGAUUCACAAAAGCACAGUUACAAUGGUGGGCUGCAAAGGGAUGGCAGACAACAUGGCGGUCCUCCAUUCGGUGAUAAAGAUAGGGGUAUGAGGAUAAAUGAUAGCGAGCAACACCAGGAGUUCAUGGAAAGCCGGAGAAAGGAGCGUGAGAAGAUAGGUCUGUAUGGAGUGGCGGAGGUGUGGGGGGUGAACCCAAGGAGAGAAGACACAGACUCUGAUGAAUACUCUGAUGCUGGUGGGUCGUCAAGGAAACAGGGUAACAAAGAUUCAGAGUCAGACAGUGACUCCAGUUCUGAAGCCGAUAGGAAGAAAAAGAAGAAGAAAAAAUCCAGUAAAAAAGCAAAAAAGCAUAGGAAACAUAAAAAGAGAAGUAAAAAGUCCAAGAAAACCAAGAAGUCAAGAAAGAAGAAAUCACGCAAGGACGACAGCAGUUCGGACACUGACAGUUCUGAUGAGGAUGAGAUCCCAGGAGAACAAGUCUGGAUUGAGAAGAAAAAAGUGGAGGAAGGGGAGGAGUCAGAUGAUGAGACAGCAGGUCCUCAACCGUAUGUCCCGCCCUCCACACAGGGAAGACUAGACUAUGGUAAAGCCCUGUUGCCUGGGGAGGGUGCCGCUAUGGCUGCCUACGUCGCAGAUGGAAAGAGAAUCCCUCGGCGUGGUGAAAUCGGUCUAACCUGCGAUGAGAUCGAUUCCUUUGAAACCGUUGGUUACGUUAUGAGUGGUAGCAGACAUCGGAGGAUGGAAGCUGUCCGUCUGCGUAAGGAAAACCAGAUUUACAGCGCUGAUGAAAAACGAGCUUUGGCUCGGUUUAACCACGAGGAGAGAACGAAACGAGAAACCAAAAUCCUCUCACAGUUCAAAGAAAUGGUUACGCGGAAAAUGCAGAAUAAAUAAUGAACAGCUUUGUAAGAUGUGUAUAAAUUUGAUGAUAUGAGACAAUAGAU